UCCAGCACGCCCGCGACCCUUGUGAGGAGAAGCGGCUCAGUAAAUGGAUGGAUGUUUCAAAUGAGGGUUAAGGGUUUGAAAUGGUCAUGGUUUUAAAGUACGGUUUCGAGGAAGGAUUACCGUCUAAAGUAGGUUUAGAGUCAGGGUUAGGUGUUCAAACAAGUGUUUGGGGUUCAAAGUAGGGUUUCAAGCAACUGAUAGGUAGGUAGUUCGUGAUCCCUUUCAAUAACGUGAAAGUGGGAGGAUGAGGUCCAAAACGAGGCCCAUGUGCCUCAUCUUUACUCGACAUUCCUGUCAGUGCGCAGCUGUACCACCAGACAGGGAGCAAGCGGGCCGGCACAUUUCCGCUCACACCUCGUGGAGGGCGGCAGGGAGCAGUUCGAGAAUGACGCCGUCGCCCGUUCACAGGGGCUCUCUGUCGUCGGGCUUCAGUCUUCGGCCAGCGGCUCUCCGGUGGCCGGUGCUGUAGUAAAAUGCAGCGGGCCACACUAGCAGCGCUGGUCGGCCUAGCUGAGCGCGGCUGCUCGCCCCCGCCGCGCCCGUUUAUGAUCUAGUAUUUUCUUUCUUUUUUUGUUGUUGUUGGGAUUGGGGGGUGAAUUAUUAUCGCGGCGUUAUUGUUUCCAGGUCAAGACUUUACUGAGCGGCUUGUGUGGACUGAAAAUGGCCGGAGAUGGCGGCGCUCUGAAGGAUAUCAAUGAGAUUAAAUCGCAGUUCCGGACCAGAGAGGGCUUCUACAAGCUGCUCACCCUGUCUGAUUCGCAGCAGCGGGGCGGGCUGCCAAGGGGUCCCUCCGCCGGGGCCACGCUGGGCCCGGCGACUGGAACCGGCCCGAUACCUGGCGGAGGGGUCGGGCUGCUCCAGGGGCCUGGUGCCGCCGCCGCAGCCGCUGCCGCAGCCGCCGUUGUCGCCUCAUCGUCGAAUGCCGCAGCCAACUCCUCCCCGGCGGGCUUCCUUCCGCCGGUGCGGGUCUCCAUGGUCAAGCUCCAACCCGAAGACCCGGGCGACGAGUCGGAGCGGGUGUGCUUCAACAUCGGAAGGGAGCUUUAUUUCUACACGUACACUAACAUUAAAAAGGCGGUGGACCUGAGCAAGCCAAUCGACAAGAGGAUUUACAAGGGCACGCAGCCUACGUGUCACGACUUCAACCAGUACUCGGCGUCAGCCGAUAGUGUGGCGCUCAUUGUGGGCUUCUCGGCUGGACAGGUGCAGUACCUGGACCCCAUCAAGAAGGAGACCAGCAAGCUCUUCAAUGAGGAGCGUCUAAUCGACAAAUCCAAGGUGACAUGUCUGAAAUGGCUCCCCAAGUCUGAGAACCUGUUCCUGGCCUCUCACGCCAGCGGCCACUUGUACCUCUACAACGUGGAACACUCGUGCGGCACCGCUGCGCCUCAAUACUCACUUCUGCGCCAGGGUGAGGGCUUCGCCGUGUACGCCUGCAAGACCAAGACACCCCGAAACCCCCUUCUACGGUGGGCCGUGGGCGAGGGCGGCCUCAACGAGUUCUCCUUCUCACCCGACGGGGUCCACGUGGCCUGCGUGGGUCAGGACGGCUGCCUGCGGGUCUUCCACUUUGAUUCGAUGGAGCUCCAGGGUGUGAUGCGGAGUUACUUUGGAGGCCUGCUGUGCGUUUCCUGGAGCCCAGAUGGGAAGUACCUGGCCACAGGCGGCGAGGACGACCUGGUUACCGUGUGGUCCUUCGCCGAGAGCCGGGUGGUGGCCCGCGGGCACGGACACAAGUCCUGGGUCAACGUGGUGGCGUUCGACCCCUUCACCACCUCCCUGGAGGAUGAGGAGCCCAUGGAGCUCAGUGGAAGUGAGGAGGACCUCCACCAGGGUGGGGCACCCAACAAUACCGCCUCGCACUUCGGGCGGGUGCGCACCAGCAGCACCCUGUCACGGCUCUCCCGGCACAGCUCCAAGGGUGGCAGCUCGGCGGCAGUCACCUACCGAUUCGGAUCCGUGGGGCAGGACACCCAAUUCUGUUUGUGGGACCUCACAGACGACGUGCUGUACCCUCGGCUGCCGCUUUCCCGCGCCUUUACCAACACGUUUGGACCCGCGCUGCCCAACUCCGGGGUUGGCGGCGUGGAGGGCCACCACCAUCCGCCCGUUGUGGGCACUUCCAACCCACCCACGCUGCCUCUCCCGCUCCCUCGCUCCCUAUCCCGGUCUAACUCUCUUCCCCACCCAGCAGUCGCAAACACCUCCAAGAGCCAGGGUGCCACAGAGGGUGGCACUGGUGGAACAGUAAGUGGAACUGGUACCGUGGGUGGUGGCCCAGGUAGUACCGCGCCGUUCAGCAUCGGCCGAUUUGCUACACUUUCCCUCCAGGAGCGCAAGUUGGACAAGUCGGGGGUGGGCGGUGGGGUGGAGAAAGAACACAAGCGCUACCACAGCCUGGGUAAUAUCAGCAAGAGUAACGAUAAGAUCAACGUGGCUCCGCGAGGCAGUGGGCGCCUGGAUGCCGCCAAGGUUCUGGGCACCACACUGUGCCCACGCAUGCACGAGGUGCCACUACUGGAGCCGCUGGUGUGCAAAAAGAUCGCCCACGAGAGACUCACCGUGCUUGUCUUCAUGGACGACUGCAUCAUCACAGCGUGCCAAGAGGGGCUCAUCUGCACAUGGGCCAGGCCUGGCAAGGCGAACUUGACAGCACAGAAUGGAAACUCUCCAAGUGGCACGGUGGUAUAGCGAGACCUUCAUCCCUCCUCAUACCAUCCCAAAAUGGAGGGCAACCAUCAAGACCAGGCCACCUCACCGCUGCAGUAUUACCGUCCACUCAUCUCACAGAAGCCACGGCCAGCUGUAUUUUAAUGUAUUUUAUCGUGAGACUGUGUAGUAAUUUAUACUGUAAAUAGUCUAAGUACUCUUAACGGUGAGGAGGCUGUACAGGAAGCAAGUGAACACAUUGUAAAUGGGAACACUGAAUGUCUUUUAGGGAGUUAUGUCAUGAUGUCACCGUCUCUUAAGUUCACGCCGGAUGUGCUUGAGAUGCUUCGACGGGCUCUGAAAGAGGCGUUGUCACACUCUGGUCCAAGUAACAUGACCACUCGCACAAAACAUACACACAGUCGCUGGCGGUGUAGCAUCGCGUGUAUCUCACACUCAUUUGUGUUGCACGAAGGAGCAUUAGGCACUCUUUGGAAAGAGAAAAACGAUGAUACUAUUACUCUAUGAGAAUGAAGACAAGAAAAAAAAACUCAAUGGUUUUACAAGAAUCUUUAUUUCAAGAAAAAAAAAAAGUUGCUAUCUUUUUGGAGAAAGGACAUUUAAAACAUUUUUUAUUUUUCCCAAGAAUAAAAGAUGCAAAUCUUAGUGAAAAGGAUUGCUUUUUUUUUUUUAAUAAAUUGAAAUUCCCCCCCCCACCCAUGUGAAUAAGUCAGUUUUUCGAGAGAAAGGUAAAUUUAAUUCUUAGAGGAAAAACUGUCCUAUUAGAAGUUGCUCUUUUAUAAUUACAUGUUUUUGUUUUCCAGGAAAACCGACGGUUUGAAAAAAGUUAUAUUUUAGUAAGUGAAAAGUUAGUUUUUUGGGGGGUGGGAGGGGGUGUAAUUUUAAGAGGGAAAAAAUACACAAACCUGAGAUGUCCCGAGGGAUUAUUAUUAUUUUUUUAAAUUUUCUCAAAAGGUAAAGGCAAGCGCUAAUUCUAUAAUAGUCAAGGUGUGGUUCUUGAAAAUAUACUGCAUUUUUCAAGAAAAGUCAAAUUUUUCAAGAAAAUAUUUCUUCGCAAUUGUUUGAUGAAUUCUUUGUGGGUGUUUUUUCCCCAAGAAAAGGCAUAUGUUUCAAGUUUCAGUUCAAAGUUGCAGUUUUAUGAUUAGUGGAAUUCUUUGUCAAAAUGGUCUAGUUUUUUCAAGGAAAGUCACUUUUUGGGAAAAAUGAAAUUCUUUGACAAGAAGUCCACUUUUUUGGGCAGAAAAUGGAUAAUGUCUUACACUUUACCAUCCCUCACGAAACCCUUCUUUUUUCUUGUAAUAUUAGAUCUUAAUUUUAAUAGUAUUUUGUUUUUUCCUUUCCAAUGUGGCUCUGAUACUCCUUGGUAGUGUUGCACCUGAAUUUCCUCUUGCAAUAAUUUGCACACACAAAAACAAUUCAUGGCCCCUCUAACUCGCCACGCAGUGGACUUCUCUGAAAACAUACAUGAACAGAUAAAACAUUUGAAUGAAAGUCUCCUGUGAUUUAUGCUUUGCAGCGACAAUAAAAAUGAGCCAAGUA